AUGGAAGUGAUUUUCGUCACCAUGUCGGAAGUCAUUCAGGACAGUAAAGGGUUCAGCAAGUCAUUUGCAACUACACAUGCCAAUCAAGAGUUUUUUUUUCAUUUGAUACAAUUUCAGAAUAAGCAGAUCUUGAACAUUUCCAUCAAUGGCAUACUCGAUACAACUUUUAGAAUACCAGUAUCUACCAAAACCUCGAUCAAUUAUGAGUCUAUGAUGGACUUGGCGGACAAUGAAGAUGGCGGCGAUGGGUUUGCCUCUGGAGAUCGAUUGCCACCUGAACCACAAAUGGUAAUUGGCGAUUAUUCAAAUAUGAAAGUCUCCAUAGUUGCUAGUCAAGUGGGGAAACUCAUGUCAAUUCACUCGCCGCGCGAAGUCAUACUAUCUAUAGCAUCCAAAUGGUUUGGUAAAGGCGAUGAAGUAUGUGAUGAUGAUCUAGAAAAGUUGACUUUCGUACUCGAAAAUGUCAAGAAAUUGCUAUGA